AUGACUUUAUUAAAAAAUGGACUAUUCAAGGCAGCAGAAUAUAUCAUUCGAUGUGGGUGGCAAUUACAUAAAGAGCGAGGGUUUAGUUCUCUAAAAAUAUUACAACUUGCUAUAUCAGACAUUGAUAUAUGUGGAAGAUGGAGACAACCAGAUGUACGAAAUUCUAAAGAUCAAUUCCUGGAUUUUCUUGACAACAUAGAUAAGGGUCCAAAAUCUUUGUAUAUAAUGUGUAGGAAAAUAAUAAGACAACAGUUAAUUACAGCAUCAAAAGGGGCAGAGAUUGAGACAAAUAUCAAAAUACUUCCUAUCCCGUCAAAGAUACAAGCAUUCCUUGCCUUAAAAGAUUUUCUUCAUGAUAAAGAAAUAAUUAAACUUGAAAACAGGUUCAAUGUGUACGUUGGAUAUGAUGAAUCAAGUUCUGACGUACCGUCUAUUACAGGGGAAAAUGAUACUACAUACAGAGAUGAGGUGGUGGAUUACUAUUAA